CGGCAUUGUGAAAGAAACAUUUCCUCCCUAACCCCCUUAUUCAUUCUGGAAAUUCAACAUUUUAAUAACUGAUCAUAAGCUUUUCUUGGUGUUGUUAUGGAUUGUUACGCAAAGAUGAAAAAUAAUAAGAGGAGGCAGGUAAGUGUUAUUGAAGAAGAUAGAAUCAGUAAUUUGCCAGAGCAUUUGAUAGACUCAAUCUUAGAGCGGCUUCCAAUUCAAGAUGUUAUACGGACAAGCAUUCUUUCAAAAAAGUGGAGGUACAAAUGGAGAACAAUGAGGGCAGUGGUUUUCGAUGAGCAAAUUUCUAAAAAGUUGGCGAAAAAUGGAGCGUUUGGUAGACAUGGGUUUAUAAGGGUCAUAAACCAAGUGUUGCUCCUUCACAAGGGUUCUAUCUCCAAAUUUUAUCUCUGCAUACCCGACAUGUUUCUUGAUAGCUUCCAAGAUGUUAAUCAAUGGAUGUUAUACUUAUCAACAAAAGGUGUCAAGGAUUUCACUAUUGCUAACUCAAAUCAACGUUAUCAACUUCCUCGUUGUGUGUUCUCUUGUCUCGAGCUGAGAAAGUUGGAACUUAAUAAGUGUAUCUUUAAGCCACCGCUUCAGUUUGAAGGAUUUCUCUACCUUGAAAGUCUCGUUUUCAAUAAUGUUGACUUUACGACUGACUUAGGCGGAACUGCGAUCAACUUACCACAACUUAAGAAGUUGAUCAUGCGUUCAUGCACCAAAGCAUACAAUCUUAAAAUCCAUGCUACAAAUUUGCAGGUUUUGCUUAUCAUGAAUUGCCCUGAUGUCAUGUUACUUGAGUUAUUGCGUAGUCAACGUCUUGGUAUGGUUUGUUUAACACUCAUGAAACCAAUGGAAGACUUUGUAAGACUCGAAAGGAUGAAUCUCGCAUUGAUGUUCGCUAACAUGUCUAGACUUCGAUGGUUUUAUAUUGAUGGCCAUUUUCUUAAGGUUUUUAUUGCAGAAAAGCCAAAGUGGUUUCCACAUGCGGUUAAUAGUUUAAAGCGUUUGUGGUUGAUAGAUUUUUCACUUUGUGAUUUGGAUCACCUCCAUGGCGCUCUUUGUUUGCUUCGAAACUCACCGAAUCUAGAAGAACUGCGUAUGAUGCAUACUCAAACGGAGUCUGAAUUAAUGCGUUGUGGUGAGGAAACAACUUCAAGUCAUUUGGAAUCACCAGGCUGCUUGGAUCAAACAUUGAAUCGGUUGCGAAUUGUGGAAUUAUCACCUUUACAAGGUUCAAGACCACAAUUGCUUUUUGUAAAGCUUUUACUUGCUCAAUCCCCUUCUCUUGAGAAGUUUACCAUCCAAUCAAAUGGAACUUUGGAUCCUUAUAAAAGGUUUAACAUUGCUAAGGAUGUUAUGAGGUUCCCUAGAGCCUCACCGAAAGCAGAAAUGAUCUAUUUGGACCCCAACUCAUGAUGUUUGUGAUUAUACACAUAAGUAAUAUGGUUGGAGGAAGCGAAGUGCUACAUUUGUGCAGGGGUGGAUCUGCCUCUUAACAAAGGGUAACCGACGUUAACGCUCUGACGGUAGUGUAAAUUUAGUGUGAAUUUUGGAAAAAAUUGACGUUUUUUUUUUAUUUUUUAUUUCGUUACCCUUUUUCUUUAAAACGUUGCCCCUAUAAGGAUUUUCUAGAUCCGCCACUGAUUUGUGCACCCAAGUAUACUAGCUCUCAAGUAAGUUUAAAAUUGGUUGUCUAAUAUCAAGUAGUUGCCUGAAACUAUUAUUUCUAAUGUACUAAAUGUAUUCUGUGGUGUAUAAGGUUUACUUCUUAGUUUAUUAAAAAUUGCCCUUUGGGUUCCAAA